CAGGUGGUAAAUCCUGAUCCUGCCGUUGACUGUACACGGCCCAGAGCUCUUUGCUCUCCAUCGUAGUUUAUUUUUUAGCCCUUCCUCGGUAGCUGGCUUUUCCCCGAGCCGCCAUUACAGUCCGUCAGCUUAGUGCUUGGAAACCGGGACCAGGAUAAAAAUGAUUUAAAGAGUCAAAGUGACGGGCGAGGGACGGGACCGGGAGGGGGGGGUUCUUACUCUGUUACGUAUGGACCUGCCAACUAAGCGGCGCCCCAAAGAAGUAAAUAUGCGGCUGGGGUGGUCCAAGUGAAAGACGCCUGAGGUCGGAUUGAGUGGGUUUCUCUGGGCUGGGGGGGACUCGGGGAAGCUCUGUUUGUUUUGGACUGCGUUUGUGGAACUGUGGAGUGUAACCACGGCAAAGUGUACUGCUUGCUGUGUGAUCUCCUUGAGAGUGGCCGAACUGAGUGCCCCUCUGAACGACAGGAAGCCUCCCUCAGAGGCGGUGCGACGAUGACCGAGCUGGCUGCCAAGUGGGCCUGUGAAUACUGCACAUACGAGAACUGGCCGUCAGCCAUCAAGUGCACCAUGUGCCGCGCUCAGAGGCCCAGCGGGGGUGCCAUCAUUACUGAGGAGCCCUUCAAGAGCAGCCCUGCGCUGGAUGCCAGUUUGCACCAAUGGGACCCUGCAGGCCACAGCAACAGCCCAUCCCAAGGGGGCUCCAGCCUACUUAUUUGUCCAGACUCCAGUGCCCGACCCCGUGUCCGCAUUGCUGAUGCACCCGAGACCAGUACUAAGUGGUCCUGCCACAUGUGCACCUACCUGAACUGGCCCCGGGCUAUUCGCUGCACGCAGUGCCUGUGUCAGAGGCAGCAGUCUCAACAACAACACGGACAACAUCCACCCCAUCAUGGACAUCAUACUCAGAAACCACGCAGCCCCACAGAAUUACCCCAAACCUCAGGCUCUGGAUGCCGUCUUGCUCCUGCAGUCACCACUACAGACCCCUGUGAAGAAUAUAACGAUCGUAACAGGCUCAACACUCAUGCACAUCACUGGACGUGCAAUGCCUGUACUUAUGAAAACUGGGCUAAGGCACUUAAGUGCGUGGUGUGUGACCAUCCCAGGCCAAAUAGUCUGCUAACUGAACCCAUUCAACUGGCAUCAGAGCCCGAGAGCCAACAACCUUCCUCAAAACUUAAUGAACAGGACAGGGACAACAGGAGGGGAGUUGUUGGGCAUGCCGUUGGCCAAGGAGUUGGGAGUGUGGGAGGAGGGCUAGGGAGUUGUAGUAGCAGCCAGAGGAGGUCCCCUCCAACCUCGAAACAGGAGUCAGAGGUGAACAUGGAUUUUCAGAGGAUUGAACUGGCAUCAGGGGCUGGGAUCGGGAGCAGAGAGGAGCUGGAGGUGGAUUUCAAAAAACUGAAGCAGAUUAAGAACAGGAUGAGAAGGACUGAUUGGCUUUUUCUCAAUGCCUGUGUGGGUGUGGUGGAAGGCGACCUGGCGGCAAUAGAAGCCUACAAGUCCUCAGGAGGUGACAUUGCAAGACAGCUAACAUCAGAUGAGGUGCGCCUAUUAAAUCGCCCCUCCGCAUUUGAUGACGGCUUCACACUGGUUCACCUAGCCAUCCGCUUCCAGAGACAGGACAUGCUGGCUGUGUUACUUGAGGAGGUCUCCCAACAAGCAGCCAAAUGUAUUCCAGCCAUGGUGUGUCCCGAGUUAACGGAGCAAAUCCGCCGUGAGGUAGCAGCCUCUCUUCACCAGCGUAAAGGAGACUUCACCUGCUAUUUCCUCACUGACUUGGUGACCUUCACCCUGCCUGCAGAUAUUGAGGAUUUACCUCCAGCAGUUCAGGAAAAACUGUUUGAUGAAGUACUGGACCGAGAUGUGCAGAAAGAACUCGAAGAGGAGUCUCCCAUAAUCAACUGGUCCUUGGAGCUGGGCAGUAGGUUGGACAGUCGGCUGUAUGCGCUGUGGAACCGCACAGCUGGCGACUGCCUGCUCGACUCUGUGCUGCAGGCCACGUGGGGCAUCUAUGACAAGGACUCAGUCCUUCGCAAGACCCUCCACGACAGCCUGCAUGACUGUUCUCACUGGUUUUACACGCGCUGGAAGGAGUGGGAAUCGUGGUAUUCCCAAAGCUUCGGCUUGCACUUUUCUCUACGGGAAGAACAGUGGCAGGAAGACUGGGCGUUCAUUCUCUCCCUGGCUAGUCAGCCUGGAUCCAGCUUGGAGCAGACACACAUUUUUGUUCUUGCACACAUACUUCGAAGGCCCAUUAUUGUCUAUGGAGUGAAGUAUUACAAAAGUUUCCGUGGUGAAACACUCGGGUACACACGGUUUCAAGGUGUGUACCUGCCACUUUUGUGGGAGCAGAGCUUCUGCUGGAAGAGCCCCAUAGCACUGGGCUACACACGGGGCCACUUCUCAGCACUGGUGGCCAUGGAAAACGAUGGUUUUGACAAUCGUGGCGCAGGCGCCAACCUCAACACGGACGAUGACGUGACAGUGACAUUCCUGCCACUGGUCGACAGCGAGAGGAAACUGCUUCACAUUCACUUCCUCUCAGCGCAGGAAAUGGGUAAUGAAGAGCAACAGGAGAAGCUGCUGCGGGAGUGGAUGGACUGCUGUGUGACGGAGGGAGGCGUUCUGGUAGCUCUUCAAAAAAGCUCCCGCCGCCGCAACCACCCACUCGUCACACAGAUGGUGGAGAAGUGGCUGGACGGAUACCGGCAGAUAAGACCAUGCGCCUCUUUGUCCGACGGCGAAGAGGAGGAAGACGAUGACGACGAGUGAUGGAGUUUAUGCGGGAAGCAUCGGGCUGUGGCGUCAGGGGGCAGGACUCCUCCUCCCUUUGCAGUGUUCUUUUAAAUUUUAAUUUGCUGACACGGACAACUGUGAAAGCCGUCAGGAGAGGAUCAGCAACCAUGAAGCCCUACUCCACUUUCACCUCCGACAGAAGACGCUCUUACAGCACAUGGACAUAAACCUUCAUUAAGCACUUCACAGUUGACACCAGAGGCUGAUAGACUCCACUGCUGUGAAACUCGUUUGUGGAGAAAAGGUUUACAAAUGCAAAGGCUCCUCUGAUUUGUUUUGAGUUUCAAACAUAAAAGGAAAAAAGGAAUCUUUAUCCAUAGCUGUAAAUGCAUGUGGUUGUUAAAAAAAGAAUAAGGACAUAUACCAGCAUUAAUUGAAAUCAACACUUUAUAUCUGUUCAGUAUGGGCACUGAUAAAAAGCACACUUCCAAAUUGAUCUUUUUGAUGUUGUUGUUUUUGAAUGGACAGGGACAAAGCCAAUGAAUUAUUACCUUUAGAAAAACAGAGAUUGUGUAAUAAUAAAUUACUUUAAUCCUUAUUACUAAGCACUGCACAUUUAUGAAAACAUUUCUAUAUAAAUACAGUAUCAUUGCUUGAAUUGAGGUCAUAUAUGAAGCUUUUGAAAAGGGGAUGUUCCCUUUACAAGUCAAACCUACACUCACCAAGGUUUAGCACACAAACAUUUAUGUUGGUAUUUGGUUUACCUUUUUAUAGACUGACUGAACUGAGAAGGUGUGUGUGUUUGUGUGUGUGUGCUUUCUUCUCUAAACCUACUCUACAUAUUUAUUGUUUGGAAACUUAUUUGAGCUUAAAAGAGCUUUCUGUAUAUUUUUUCCCUUUUUGUGGUUUUGUUAAUUAUUCACUCAAGUUUGAUGAAGACAUGUUGCACAGAAACACUGUUGUUAUGAGGAAAACCAACCGUAACCAUCAGUGAAAAGUUUACUUAUUUUGUUGCAUGUGAUUUUAGUACCUCAUCUGGAUGCCUGGUGUGGGAAUGAAGCGCGUUUAUUGUCGACAUUAAUCCUAAGUAACACUUGUGUCGUUGAUGUCCCUUACUUCCUCUGUCCUUUUCCCAUCUGUUUCACGGUCACCCUCAUGGUACAUUUCAGUUUACCUUCUCUGCAAUGUCUGUUUGUUUCCAUUUUGUGAAACUAUCUUUAGUUUUUUUUUGAUUAAGUUAAGUUGUGAGAGACAUAUAAACCAACAUAUUAAACCAAAGCUGACAGAAAAAGGAAAAAUAAGAGUUGUUUUGCUGUGAAUGUUUGCAUUUUGUUUCUUCCUGCCAUUGCGUACUGUAACCUCUUUCGUGUUCAUCUGAGUCAUACACGUUUUGAGCAUCACUUAAUAUGUUGCUUUGUAUUUAUGCAAUAGUUGCAGUUGUAACUAUGAUGGUUUGUGGAUUUAGACCUGACUUCACUAUACAGAGUGUAAUGCAAAGAAAAGGCAAAAUAUGGAAAAAAAUAAAGGAAAAUGUUUUUGAAUGUCAAAAUCAAA